UGAUACAUCAAAAAAAAAAUACAAAGCCAGGUAACCCUACCCUUUUUUUUUUUGACCUUUUGAGCCUCUUUGUCCAUGGUGAAGAUCAAAAACCACUUGUAGCUCUUCUCAGUGAACUUUUUUGCUCAAAAACCAUAAACACCAAAAAAGAAAAUAACACAUACCCACAAACCAAAGCUAAAAGAACCCAAAAACCCAGAAAGAGAAACUUAAAAAAAUAAAAUAAAAUAAAAUUAAAAUUAAAAAAAAAAGUGAUGACAGAGAAAGAAGCACUUGGGGGUGGAAGAAAGUCUAGAGAGAGAGAGAAUUGAAGUUAAAGAGAGAGAAAAAAAAAAUGAAAAAGGAAGGAGAAAGUGGGGAAGGGGGAGCAGAAAAGGAGGAAAAUUUGGGAGAAAAGUUGAGAAGAGGGCUAUUGGUAGGGAAAAGAGGGGGCCCUAGUACUCCAGUAGUGUCCUCAUGGAGAGCCAUCAUUAAUAAACACCACCACCACCCUCUUCAACCUUCUUCUUCUUCUACCAUUCCUACUAAUAAUAGUACUGUUUCUCUUGUCUCUGCUAGAAAGCUUGGAGCCUCUCUUUGGGAGUUCCAACACUACCUACCUUUUCCUAAAAUGCACAGAGGACCUCACAGUAAUGGUGCUGCUGCCGCUGCUGCUGGUCCUCCUCCCUCUAGGCUUCGCCACCUCCAUCAUCAUAACCAUCAUCACCUUCACAAGGACAAAGGCCUUGACCUUUCUAACUUUCUUGCUGAUAAUUCCCCCAGUUCUCCUGAGCAGCCAGCAAGCGCAAGCAGUUUGAGGAGGCAUGUUGCUGCAUCGUUGAUGCAACAUCAUCGAACACUUGAAAGGAACAAUCAUCAUGCAUUGCAGCCUGUAUCUCCUGCAAGUUAUGGCAGUUCCAUGGAGGUGGCACCAUACAAUCCUGCAGUCACUCCUACAAGUUCUCUAGACUUUAAGGGAAGGAUUGGUGAAUCACAUUAUAGCCUUAAAACAUCUACUGAACUGCUAAAAGUAUUAAAUAGGAUCUGGAGCUUGGAAGAACAGCAUGUAUCCAGUGUUUCAAUAAUAAAAGCAUUGAGAACAGAGCUGGAUCAUACCCGUUUGAAGAUCAAAGAGUUGCUUCGAGAACGACAAUCUGAUCGGCAUGAGAUAGAUGAGUUGAUGAAGCACCUAGCUGAAGAUAAACUGGUUAGGAAAAGUAAAGAACAAGAACGAAUUCAUACUGCAGUUCAGUCUGUGAGGGAUGAGCUAGAAGAUGAGAGGAAGUUAAGAAAACGCUCAGAAAGCUUACACAGGAAAUUAGCUCGGGAGCUUUCUGAGGUGAAAUCUACUCUUUCUGGUGUUGUGAAGGACCUGGAGAGAGAGAGAAGAUCAAGGAAGUUGUUGGAAGACCUCUGUGAUGAAUUUGCAAAGGGGAUAAAAGACUAUGAACAGGAGGUGCAUGCUCUGAAACAGAAAACUGACAAGGAUUGGGCUGGAAAUGAUGAACGUGAUCGAUUGAUUCUCCAUGUAUCUGAAUCAUGGCUUGACGAACGGAUGCAGAUGCAACUGGAAGAUGCCCAGUCUGGUUUUACUGAAAAGAACUCAAUAGUUGACAAAUUACGGCUGGAAAUAGAGACCUUCCUUCGAGCUAAACACAUGGACACUUCUAAGAGGAUUGAAAAUCUAUUGCCAAGAGAACGCAGAAAUUCACUGGAAUCUGUUCCUCUGAAUGAAGUUGUGAGUGCUCCUCAAGAUGUUGGUGAUGAAGAAGAUUCUUUAGGCAGUGGUUCACAUUGCUUUGAGCUUCACAAACCAAGCAACACUGACUUUAAAUCACAUGGCGAUGAAGCUGUGGAUGGUUAUGUUGAUGAAGCAAUGAAAUUGAAUAAUGCCAGGAAGAAACCUGAGGCUCGUGAAAGGAUAAAAGGGCGUUCUCCUUCCAGCUUGCAAGUUAAGUUUGAAGAAAAGAUGGCUUGGGCCAUGUCAUGUAACGGAGCUAAGAAUUCCCAGUCAGUAAACGCAGAGCAGGGGAAAAAUGAAGAAGGGAAACCAGCUGACAAAUCCAUAAAGUCUGAACAAUGUGAAGUUACUGAAGAUGGAAAUUAUGCAAAUCGGAACAAACAUGAUGAAACUUCUGGGAUGAAUUUAAGUUACACAGUUGAUAACCUUUUAAGAAGCCAAUAUAGGCCUUCAGAUGGCGGGAAUAUGCAUUUUGAAAACAAUAACUGUGAGGCUUCCUGCAGUAACACUGGAUGGAGGAAUCAGGCAAGUCCGGUAAGACAAUGGAUGGAAAAACUCACAUCCACAGAUCUUGACCUACCCGAGUCAUCUUCCAAAUUGCCUGUAAAGGAGAACACUUUGAAGGCAAAACUUCUUGAAGCAAGGACAAAAGGGCAGCGAUCACGUUCAAAAGCUCACAAAGGACCCUCUUAGACUUUUAUCAUGUGAAUAUAACAGCUCUGUGCUGUAACAGUAGCUCUGCAUCCUCCUCUUUUUAAUUUUGUCAAGUCUGUAUAUGAAUGGAAUUUUCUUACAUAGAUAUACAAAACAAAGAGAUCCAAGACCAACUACAGUUUUUUAAGUUAUUGCCCAUGUAGAUUCUUUUCAGGCUAUAUGUUUAAUAAGGAAUACCUCUUAAUUGUUGCA